GUAAACAAAAAUCUUUGGUUCAUUUUUGAUUUUGUAGAUUAGAUUUUAACGAAACUUAAUUAGUUGAUUGUGAUAAUUUAUUUUUAUUUUUUGAUGAGAAUUUGAUAAAAUGUGUGGUAUAUUUUUCUCUUGUUCAAAUAGUCGAGAUGAAAAUGGCUGUUGUGAUGACAAUUUGAAGGAAUUUCUAUUAAGACGAGGACCUGAUUGUUUCCAUGAAAUUGGUUUAGUUAAAUUUGGUUAUUGGUUUAAAUUCCAAGGUAAUGUUUUACAUCUUCGUGGUGAUCAACUGGUUAAACAGCCGAUUAUGGUUAAUCAGAAUGUUCUUCUAUGGAAUGGAGAAAUGUUUAAUUGUAAUGGAGAAAAUGGUGAUCAAUCAGAUUCGCAGUUUCUAUUCAAUCAAUUGGAGCUUUGUGAUGGUGACGAUCAGUUGAUUUAUCGGAUUAUCGGCAGAAUUCAAGGUCCAUUCGCUAUAAUUUAUUGGGAUGAAAAAUCUCGAACUUUAUUCUUUGGUAGAGAUUCUGUUGGAAGGCGAAGUCUUUGUUGGAAAAAGGCUGACGAACCAUUCGAAUUGAAAUUAUCAUCCAUUUGUGUUCCCGGUGAAAAUGAUUGGGAGGAAAUUCCUGCAAACGGAAUUUACAGUUUAAACUUUUCCCAUGAAAAACCUGAGGUUAAAUUAAGGAAUUGGAAACAAAAUAUUGCCGGUGAAUUAGUUGAUCACAUUGAAUCAAUACCUUCGCCCAUAAUUACAACCUUAAAUGACGAGCUUCCCAAUGAACUUAAUUUAAUCAGUUCCGUUGUCGAUGAUGAGACUGUUAACAAUUUAAUUUCAAUUCUAUCACAAUCAAUAGAAACUCGAGUUACUAAAUUUAACCAACUGUGCCAAAAAUGUGUCGAAAAUUUCAGAGAGAAAUGUGAUCAUUCAUCGGUCGGUAUUCUAUUCUCAGGUGGCCUGGAUUGCACCACUUUAGCGAUUCUUAGUGAUAAAUAUAUUCCAAUGUAUCAAUCGAUUGACUUGAUCAAUGUCGCUUUUUCUAUUGAUGCUCCUGAUCGAUUAACUGGACUUGAAUCUUUCGAAGAAAUUUCGGCAUUAAGACCUGAAAGACGUUGGAAUUUCGUACAAAUCGAUGUGACAUUAGAAGACUUGAAAAUCGCAAGGCAAAAGUACAUCAAACACUUGAUCAAACCAUGUAACUCGGUUCUCGAUGAUAGUAUCGCUUGUGCUGUUUGGUUUGCGGCCAAAGGUCAUGGAAUCUGUCGGUCAGUUGAAUAUCAAAGUCCAGCUCGAAUUUUACUCCUUGGAAUGGGCGCUGAUGAACAAUUCGCCGGUUAUUCCCGUCAUCGAACUGCUUUCCAGAGAAAAGGAUGGCAAGGAUUAAUUGAUGAAGUUCGAAGCGAUAUAGUCCGAAUUCCGUUACGAAAUUUAGGAAGAGAUGACAGAAUUAUUAGUGACCACGGGAAAGAAUGUCGACUUCCAUAUUUAGAUGAGAAUCUAAUCAAUUACCUCAAUUCAUUACCAAUUUGGAAGAAGACAAAUUUAACAUUAGAACGAGGAAAAGGUGACAAGAUAUUAUUACGUUUUGUCGCAUUAAAACUUGGCCUUACCAAAGUGUCGGGUUUCCCGAAACGUGCAAUUCAAUUCGGUUCUAGAAUCGCUCAUCUUGAGAAACGCAAAGAAAAAGGUCACGAACUUUGUCCAAGAUUAACUGACCUUCCAAACGAAUCAUAACAAUCAAAUUAUUCACAAUAACAACACAAUCAACCAACUAUCAAUUGUUAAUUUUGUUACUUAUUCAAACUUUCACCAGAAAAAAAGUCAAAUUCCACCACAACAAUUAACCCAAAUUUUAUUUUCUUUUGAAAUAAAAUCGAAUAAAAAACUCGAUUUUCUCAUUAAAAGUAUCGAUUUAAAAUCGAUGGCGUUUAUCAUA